AUGCUCCCUCCGAGGCGUCCCAGGAGCCACGGCAGCUUUGCAGUGCGACACAGCGUGGAUGAGGAGGACUGGGAGGCGGAGAUGGGGGUGUUCCGGCAGCGCACCCUGGCGCCAAACCAGCUGGAGACGCUGCGCAAGUACGAGGCUGGAGCGGUGGAGCUCGGAAAGGUGCUCUUCUGUCAAGAGGGCACCGCGCUCGUGACGGGGCUCAACAAUGAUGCCGAGCCCGGCACGGCUCUGGACUUUUCAUCCGGAGCCCAGGGGGUGCUGCUGUGGCGGACUAGCGCCGGUGCGAUUUUUGCGCUGGUGCUCAGGGAAUCCUCCCCUGGGGUCAAGGCCGGGGAUGGGGUGGUGUGCAGGCUCCGCGCCAUCCUGCAAGUCGUGGAUGAUGCCGUAGGCGCUACGACCAAGCGUGACUACGUGGUCGACGUGCCUGUUGGCAAGUGCUUGGAGGGGCGCACCUGGUCCCCCGACCAGCUUCUGGACUGGAGGGGCCAGAGCGGUCAGGCCGCUGCUCUCCCCUCCAUCACCCCGGGCCCCCGGGCUCCCCUGCUCGCGGCCCAGAUUCCCAUGGCUGACCGGGAACAGAUCGCGGAGGCCCUGUACACCGGCGUGCCCUGCGUCGACGUCCUGACCCCCCUGGGCCUGGGCCAGUCGGUCCAGCUCAGCGGGCGUGACGCGGGCGAGCGCGCCGCGCUGUGCCAGGCCGUCGCCCACGGCGCGCGCCUGUACCUCCUCUGCGCGGCGGUGGCGGCGGGGGAGGCAGUGCGCGCGGCGGGGGGCCACGCGCUCGUGAUCCUGGACAGCCUCGCCCCCAUGGUUCGGGCGUGGGGCAUCCUGAGCGCGGCCGCCGCCCAGACCCCGGGGGCCGCGCUUUCCUCCCCCGACCCGGCCUCGCACGUGGAGGUGGAGGGCAUGCUGGUGUCGGUGGGCGAGGCGGAGCGCCGCGCCUUCCUUUCCAGCCUGGUCCAGCGCGCCGCCAAGAUGGACCACAGGCUGGGCGGCGGCUCCUUGUCCCUGGUGCUGGUGGGGGGUGGUGCUGCCGGCCCGCUGCUGCCCACGCUGAUCGUGGAGGAGCUCAUGUCCCUGACCGACGGCCAGAUGGUGGUGGUGCGCGGGGAGGGCGGCGAUGCAGAGGAGGGGCCAGGCUCGCGCUUGACCCUGGACCCCGCGCUGUCGGUGUCUCGCCUGGGCGCCCGCGUUUUCCCACCCUUACUGAGGCCCUUGGCCGGCCAGGUGCGGCUGGAGCUGGCGCAGGCUCGCGACGCCGCUCGCUUCGCCAGCGACGCGGAGGGCCUGCCGGGGUCGCGGGGCGCCGCGCGUGUCGAGGCGCUGACGCGCACGCUGAGCCACCGCCGUGGCGCGGCGCCCGUGCCGCUGACGCGGCUGGCGCUGCGGCUGACGCUAAUCGAGCUGCUGCACGACGACCCGGCCCUGGCCCCGGGGGUCAGCGUGGAGGGCGUGCUGCGCCGGUGCGAGGGGGCCAACGCGCUGGCGCCGGACCUGCUGCGGCGCAUGGAUCGCUGCGGCUCCGGGCCCGAGGCAGAGGCCUUGCUGGCCGAGCUGCGCGAGGCGCUGCGGGCGCUCGUUGCGCAGGAGCCCGGCCAUCUUUCACCCUGA